GAAGCGGUCAAUGUCUCAUGCAUUAUUUGGUGAAGGCGAAUUUAGCGAAGAUGAGUUGUGUCUAUCUCCAGAUGAGGUACCUUGCCUUGACGUACUGCCAAAAGAAAAAGCCAGGAGCCUUGGAUAUUUAAAGAAUUGUGUUAUUGAACGCUUAAAAAAACAGUGUGGCAAAGCGUUAGGAGGAAAAUGGCUUAUAUCUGAAAACAUUUCUAUACAACAAAUUGGUAAGAAAUUUGGGAAACAAGACCUCGUAUCUUUUACACAUGCCGGUAUAUUGUGCUUUGACUCCGGCGAAGACCUUAACCAAAGUGAUACUGAUGAAGGAAUUCCGUCCAAAGUUCUUAUUAGAGUGUAUGGGGAAGUUCUUCGAAAUAAUUUGGAUUCACUUGUUUUGGAUUCUGUUAUAUUUGCUCUUCUGUCUGAAAAGCGCCUUGGCCCUCGUCUCUAUGGCGUAUUUCGGGGUGGUCGAAUUGAAGAAUAUAUUGCGUCGCGGCCCUUGCGAACGGAUGAGCUACGUAUCCCCUGCAUAUCAGCAGAGAUCGCUCGACACUUAGCUCGCUUGCAUCUUCUAAAUAUGCCACUCCCCAAGUCACCAGUUUUCCUCUUCAAAAUGCUUGCUCGAUUCCUCCGCCAACUGACCAAGGAUCGUUGUCACCGAGUCAGCCAGCGUGAAACUCAACCUUUUUCCUUAAUAGAACAGGCCUCUGCAGAGAAAGAUCAACAUGAACCUAACAUAACGGCUUCCUAUUCAUCACCACCAGCUACAGCGGUGCCGUCACCUCCGUUAACUUUGAUUUCACCAGCAUCCUGGGAUGCUGAUAAUUUCUCAAUGGGCUUGCUUUCUCUUCUCUCAGACGAUCACAUUGAACAG